AUGGUUUCGGCGUUUGGCGCCGCCGCCGCCGCCGCUUCUUCUCUAGCCGAUGAUGAAGCGCCAACUCGAUCGGCGUCUUCUGGAGAUUCGAAUCGGCGCGUCAAAAUUGAGGAUGUGCCGACGUAUAGUCAUUCGUCAGGCUCGUCGGUGAACGAGAUGGUGAACGGCAGCGGCGAUUCGAUCGAAGGCGCGGCCUCGUUGGCGGGCUCAGCCGGUUGUCGAACGCGUCGGCGUACGAUGAGCGGUGGACGAGCCGAAAACCAUCUUCUCACAACGAAAACGGGAAAGAAAAUCUACACGAAAGGCCGUCCGCCAUGGUACGAUAAGCGCGGGCAGGCGCUGAAACAGCCGUUUGUGAUCGGCAUUUGCGGUGGUUCGGCGAGCGGCAAGACGACCGUCGCUGAGAAGAUAAUCGAGCGACUCGGAAUACCAUGGGUCACCAUAUUGUCGAUGGACAGCUUCUACAAGAUUCUUAGCAAAGAAGAAGCCGAGGAAGCUGAACGCUCGAACUACAACUUUGAUCAUCCGAACGCGUUCGAUUUCGAUUUGCUUCAUGAGGUGUUGGUGCGACUGCGCGAGGGCAAAUCGGUCGAGGUGCCCGUGUACGAUUUCAACACGCACUCGCGCGAUCCGAAUCCGAAAAUGAUGUACGGCGCCGACGUGCUCAUUUUCGAGGGCAUUCUCGCGUUCCAUCGUCAAGACAUCAAAGAUCUGAUGGACAUGAAGGUGUUCGUCGACACCGACGGCGAUUUGCGUUUGGCGCGUCGAAUCGUGCGCGACGUCAGCGAACGCGGACGAACGAUUGACGGCAUCAAUGAGCAAUACUUUCGAUUCGUCAAACCCGCGUUCGAUCGCUACAUCGCGCCUGGGAUGGAGGAGGCGGAUUUGAUUGUGCCGCGCGGCGGCGACAACGACGUCGCGAUUGAUAUGAUUGUGCAGAAUGUGAUGGCGCAGCUCGUUGAGAGAGGUUACGAUCGGAAUCAGAACAAUCGUGAUCGUCAUGAGCUUGUUCGAGAGGAUCUGCCGGAUUGCCUGCCUGACAAUUUGAUAAUUCUGAAGCAGACGCCGCAGGUUCGAGGAUUGGUCACGUUUGUGAGGGAUCGGGCGACGAGCAGAGAUAAUCACAUUUUCUACUCGGAUCGUUUAAUGAGAAUACUGAUUGAGGAGGUGAUGAAUCAUAUGCCUUAUAAGGAUAUUGAAGUGGAGUUGUCGAAUGGAAGGAAGACGAUGGGGAAGAGAAAGGACGCGAUGAUUUGCGGAUUGCCGAUAAUGAGGGCUGGAGAGUGUAUGGAGAGCGCGUUGAGAUCGGUUGUGAAGGAUUGUGUGAUUGGCAAGAUUCUCAUUCAGACGAAUGAGUCGACGUUUGAUCCCGAAUUGCAUUAUAUUCGACUUCCGCCGCACAUCACCAAAUACAAAGUGAUUAUAAUGGACGCGACGGUUACCACGGGAAGCGCCGCGAUGAUGGCGAUCCGUGUGCUUCUUGAUCACGACGUCCGCGAAGAGGACAUAUUCGUCGCCUCUCUGCUCAUGGGCCAACAAGGCGCUCACACGUUGGCCUACGCGUUUCCAAAGGUGAAAUUGAUCACGACUGCGAUGGACACGCACAUGACGGAACACUGCUAUCUGAUUCCCGGCAUGGGCAACUUCGGCGAUCGCUAUUACGGAACUGGCAUCGACAUCGAUCCCGAUGAGCCGAUUAAUUGA